AUAAGUCAUUGUGAUUGUGUAAUUGUGUAUUGAUUUUUCUAGAAGUAUGAUGAAAUAAAAGUACAUUUGUAUUAAAUUCAUCAUUUUAUAUUAAAAUUUCUAUAAAUAGUUCGGAUUAUAGAUUUAUCGUCAAAUCCGUUAAUUCAUUGUGCUAUAACAAUUAAUUUAAACUAUAAAUUACGAAAUGGAUCAGAAUAUUGAUGGGACUCGUGCACCAAUACCAGGCACUUCCUCUGCUCCUAUACGCAUCAGAAAUUUAGAGGAUUUAGUCAGAGCUCUUGAGGAACAUGGUGCUAGAGCUGAAGAUGCACCAAAUUCUUCAGAUGAAGAGAGGGAGGAGGAUUUAGCAAAUGACUUCAAAGGUAUAACAUUUACUGAGACGGAGUUUUUGAUUGAUCCUAUAAAAGUAUUGACUGAUGUUGAAAAGAUAAAAGGCAUACAGCUUGGAGAUGAGUUGCCUGAAGAUGUUGAAGCUGCAUUUGAAGUUAUCUUGUCAUACAUUGAUGAUUUAGAUGCUAAUGAUUUCUUCAAAAUUGGGGGACAUGCUGUGUUUCCUGUCUGCUAUGGAAGUGAAAACGAGGAAUUGCGGUGUAGAGCCAGUUGACUGCUUGCACAGUUGUGCCAAAAUAAUCGUUUCUGCCAGGCGCGCGCCUUGGAGAGUGGCUUGCUUAAUAUAAUCUUACACAUGGUGACCACAGAACAUGGUCAAGCUUUGGCCGAGUGUAUUUCUGCUGUAUCAAGUGCAACGCGUGAGUUUGAGCCCUCUUGCGCGGAGUUGACAGCGCAGGGCGGGUGUGAGGCUCUAGCAGCUGUGCUGGGUUCGGAUGACGUGUCAGCCAAGACGAAGAGUGCCUCCCUUGUUGCCUACCUUUGUCGUCACUACACACCUGCUAGAG